AUGGAUAUCGAUGGAGAGUUAGACAGUGGGCGUGAGGAUGAGGUCAGGUGGAGAGACAGAAACAGGAAAGUCAAACUCUCUCCACGAGCUGGGGGACGGAAUGGCAAACAGGCCACCAGCGAGGAGGAAGAGGAGGAGGAGGACGAGGCACAGAGGAAGAGGGCUCAUAAGAAAAAGGCCAAGGUCCAAGACAGCGAGGAAGAGGAUGAGGAAGAGGAAGACGAGGCACAGAGGAAGAGGGCUCAUAAGAAGAAGGCCAAGGUCCAGGACAGCGAGGAAGAGGAUGAGGAAGAGGAGAAGAGCAUCAAGCGGAAGGGCCCAAAGGCUGCAGGCAGAAAUAAAAAGGCAGUCAAGCAGGUGAGUGAGGAGGAGAGUGAGGAGGAAGAACGAGGGAAGAAAAGGAAAGGCAGAAAAUUGACUAGCAAGAACCAGAAAGAAGGGCAGAACAAGGAGAAGAAGAGCGAUGCUAAAGGGAAAAGUGACGCCAAAGGCAAAGGAGUGAAGGACAAAGGGAACGAGAAAGACAAGAAAAAGAAGAACGCAAAGUACAGCAGCUCUUCUUCUUCGGGCGAGUCAGGGGACGAGGAUUCUCUGUCAGAAGGGGAGAUUGCUGCUCAGAAGGAAGAGGUGGAGGAGAAGAAGAAGCUGAUCGCCACUCUAAGGAACAAACCGUGGCGCAUGAAGAGGAGGCUUAAACUCCUCAAGGAAUGCCAGGCGUUUGUGGAGAAGUUUGAGGGGGCUCUGGGAAAGGGCAAAGGGAGGAAGCUCUACGCCUACAAAGUCAUAAUGGCUAAGGUGAUGAUGGGUCUUCCGUAUGGGUCUAUACCCAGGAAAACUGUUCCCAGAGCGCAGCAGGCCAAAGCCAUGGACUACUCCGUCCUCCUUGAUUUUGGAGUGAGGAUCUUUGGAGUGAUGCCAUAUUUAAGCACCUUGUUAAGUUUACUUAAGGUUCAGGGCUACUGCAAGUACUCUGUUCUGUUCUAUGGCUACUAUAAUGACGAACGCACCAUCGGACUCCUCCAGUUCAGACUGCCACUGUCCUACCUACUGGUCGGUGUUGGCAUCUUCGGCUACAGCCUGAUGGUGGUCAUUAGAACGAUGGCCCGUAACUCGGAUGAGGGAGGAGAUGGUGGGGACGAUGGACAGUUUACAUUCACCUUUAAGAUGUUCACCAGCUGGGAUUACCUCAUUGGGAACCCAGAGACAGCUGACAACAAGUAUGCCUCCAUCACCACCAGCUUUAAGGAAUCCAUAGUAGACGAACAGGAGAACCAGAAGGAUGAGAACAUCCACUUGCGGAGGUUCCUGCGGGUUCUAGCCAAUCUUUUCAUUCUCUGCAGCCUGGGGGGCAGUGGCUUCCUCAUCUAUUUUGUGGUCAAGAGGUCUCAGGACUUUGCAAAACUAGAUCAGAAUACGCUCUCCUGGUAUGAAAAGAAUGAGGUGGAGGUUGUGAUGUCACUGCUGGGGCUGGUGUGCCCCCCUCUCUUUGAGACUAUCGCUGAGCUGGAGGAGUACCACCCUCGUAUCGCCCUCAAGUGGCAGCUGGGCCGCAUCUUUGCCCUGUUCCUUGGGAACCUCUACACCUUCCUGUUCGCCCUGUUUGAUGAUGUCAAUGAAAAGUUGGAACAGGAGAAGUAUAUUAAGAAUGCCACUAUCUGGGGUCUGAAGGAGUACUAUGCCAACUACAGCACCUUCCACAACACUACUGACAUCCCCCCUCCGGAGAUCCCUCCUGCUGAUGUCAUCAGAGGGCCGUGCUGGGAGACCGACGUUGGCAUAGAGUUUGUGAAGCUCACCGUCUCUGACAUCCAGGUGACAUAUCUGACCAUCCUCAUUGGUGACUUUGUGCGAGCCGUGAUUGUGCGUUUCCUCAACUACUGUUGGUGCUGGGACCUGGAGGCUGGAUUUCCGUCUUAUGGAGAGUUUGACAUCAGCGGCAACGUGCUUGGAUUAAUCUUCAAUCAAGGAAUGAUUUGGAUGGGUGCGUUCUACGCACCUGGCCUGGUAGGGCUGAACGUCCUGCGUCUCCUCUCCUCGAUGUACUACCAGUGCUGGGCCGUGAUGAGCUGUAACGUUCCCCAUGAGAGGGUCUUCAAGGCCUCCAAAUCCAACAACUUCUACAUGGGCCUCCUCCUCCUGGUGCUCUUCCUCAGCCUUCUGCCAGUGGUUUACACCAUAAUGACCCUGCCGCCCUCCUCUGACUGUGGCCCCUUCAGUGGAAGGGCGCAAAUGUAUGACGUUGUCAUGGAAACUAUAGAGAAGGACCUACCAGCGUUCAUUGGUAAUAUCUUCACCUACGCAACUAAUCCUGGGCUGAUCAUACCAGCUGUGCUGCUGAUGGUGUUGGCCAUCUACUAUCUGAAUGCGACCUCCAAAAACUAUCAAAAUGCCAACCUGGAACUGAAGAGGAAGAUGCAAAUGGCUAGAGAUGAGGAGAAGAACAGGAGGAACAACAAGGAGAGUACCAACCAGGUGAUGCAUGACCUGGUUGGCCUUCUUCCCAAUCGUUCUCUAAUCCCCCCUCCUGCUGAAGAAGCACCCCCACCAGACAGCAUGAGCGAGAAGGGCAGCAAAUUUCCCAAGGUGGCAAAACGUCCAGGAGCAGCUGACAAUGUCAAGGGGGUUAACCUUCAGAAGGAUGUUUCAUUGGCUGCACCAAACUCCCGAGCGGCUGUGACCCGCCCCCCAGGCCCAAGGGUUCCGCCUGGAAACGCCAGAGGACCACCCCCAGGGCCGGGAAGGGGCAGAGGGAGGGGUGCACCUCCUCCUAAAUGCUAAUUAGGUGAAAUUCAGGGUGCUAAGAUGUCCACACCACCCUCACGACUCUUGUGGCGGG